AUGGCUGCAGAAACUGGCUGUGUGGUUCAGUACAAAGUUGAUAGCAACUGCAGAAAGUUGGUGGAAGUUGAGCUAGAAAAGGGCUUUCCGGAAAGGAUUGCAGCAGCAGAUAAGCAAGGUAAUGUAUCUAUAGUGGAUGUUGAGUACUCUUGGCGUCCAACCAAGUGCAAGAAAUGUGGACAUAUAGGUCAUAAGGAAUCUAGAUGUCUUCUUCGCUCUGAUCAAACCAUUCUACCUGCUAAAUCAGUUUCAAACUCUGGUUUAAUCUAUGUUGCUCAACCUACUUCAGACUCAGCUUUUGUUUCAGUUCCGGUUACGCCAGAUAUUAUCAUUGAUGCUGCUGCUACUAAUUCAGUCCCUGAAGCUGUUCAACAGUGUAACAACGAUGAUGCAAAUGUGGUUGGUUCUGUUGCUUCACAAGAAGCUCCUUUAGAUUAUGACUCUCUUGCUGGUCCUACUGUCGUGACUUUACCUGUCCAAGCUUCACACAUUGAGGUAUCUCCUCGAAACUUUUAUCUUGAAGGUAUCAAAGAAUCAAAUUUGGUUGAUCAAAGUACUAUGGCUGUUGUGGACGACCUAGUUACAUUAGCUACAAUCUCGGAACUUGAAAAUAUGAUUACUUCUCCAGCUUUUAUUUGCAUCAAUGAAACCACUGAGUCUCCUGUUUUGGAGUCUGCCACGACCUUACCGGUUGACAACAUUUCUGCUACUCUUGCUCCUCUUGAAGACUGUUCAGUUCAAAAGAAAAGUAUCAAAUUUACAGAGCAUAGUCUUGGUUCUAACAAGUUUGCUUCGUUGCUCUCUCUGGAAGAAGAAGAAGAUUCAUUGGAUUCUGUCGAAGAAACGGAUUCGAUGGAUUUUAUGACACUUUCCGGAAAAAGAAUUCUUCGAGAAAGACCGGUUAAACCAUCUGCAAAAACUAGGGAGAUACUCUUGCAGUCCUCGGUUUACGGACGUGGGAAUCACGGAUGUGGGAAUCGAGGACGAGGGAACCGCGGUGGACGUGGCUAG